CUUCCCCUCACACUCCUCACUCCUCAUUGCCAACCUCCACUGUUCCCUGCCAGGGCUCGUGUAUAUUUUCCUCCUCAUCCCCCCUGGGCCUCCUCGUGCUAUCCUUACCCUAUCCGCACCCGUGUCUUAUUUGCACCGCCUUUUGUUUAGGAGCGUCAACAGAUCAGAUCAUGAACCAUUAGUUCAGACUGUUGCUUUGUUUAUCUCUCCAUUAUUGACAAAAACGUGACGUCCUCAAUUGCGGCAUUGCAUCUCUCGACAGACACGUCUUGUCAGGUCUUUCUUUUCUCACAAUUCUGUGAUUGUUUAUUGGCACCGUUAGCGACUAUUGUUUUGGUUGCCGCAUUGCCGCAAUCAAGAUGGCUACCAACAGUGGUUAUGGCCAAGUGAUCGAGUAUAUCCAAGAUCGUCUUUACCUCGCCUCUUACGAUAACCCUCCCGAUGCACGAACCCCGUUCCCAUACCCAGUCGAGCAGUCAAGAUCACCGAGCAAGCGCUCUGCGAGAGCUCAGCCCAGCACUCCUGGUAGCAAGAAGCGCAGCCCCGUGUACUUCACGGUAGAUGAUACCUUGCUGUACAACUCUUUCCAUGCGGAUUUUGGCCCGCUUCACAUUGGUCAUUUGUACCGGUUUGCGGUUCAUUUCCAUGAGAUCCUUGGGGAUCCUGCAAACAGUGAUCGCGCGGUGGUCUUCUACUCCAAGACGGAUGCACGUAGCCGUGCCAAUGCGGCCUGCCUGGUUGCCUGCUACAUGGUUCUAAUCCAGUCAUGGCCCCCCCACCUCGCCUUGGCCCCUAUUGCGCAAGCCGAUCCCCCAUACAUGCCCUUCCGCGACGCUGGAUACAGUCAGGCCGAUUUCAUUUUGAACAUCCAGGAUGUUGUCUACGGAGUAUGGAAGGCAAAGGAGCAGUCACUUUGCAGCCUAAGAGAUUUCAGCCUUGAAGAGUACGAGAAAUUUGAACGUGUUGAUAUGGGUGAUUUCAACUGGAUCACCCCCAGAUUCCUGGCCUUUGCUUCGCCGCAACACCAACCGAUCGAGCCUGUCCCUCAAAACACCCCCGAAUUUGACGCAUUGCCAUCCACUGUCUCCGAAGUCAUGUCUUCCAAGUUACCUCUUUCUUUCAAAAACGUCCUUGCGCACUUCUCAUCCCGCAACAUCGGCCUUGUUGUAAGAUUGAACUCGGAGCUGUACUCUCCAUCCUACUUUACUGCUCUGGGUAUCACCCACGUGGACAUGAUCUUCGAAGAUGGGACCUGCCCUCCCUUGCCGCUUGUCCGCCGUUUCAUUAAGAUGGCACACGAGAUGAUCACUGUGAAGAAGAAGGGCAUUGCUGUUCACUGCAAGGCUGGCCUGGGACGCACUGGGUGCUUGAUCGGCGCAUACUUGAUCUACAGAUACGGGUUUACAGCAAAUGAGAUCAUUGCCUUCAUGAGAUUCAUGCGGCCCGGUAUGGUGGUUGGUCCGCAGCAGCACUGGUUGCACCUCAACCAAGGCUCGUUCCGCGAAUGGUGGUUCGAAGAUUCCAUGAAAGAGAAGCUCGCUCAGAUGCAGGUGGCUCCCAUCACACCCGGACGGCCGUCUACCAGACAGCGUGCCAAUGGGCCCGUCGCCACGCCGCCGAACAACGGCCAUUCGAAGCGAGCUGCUCUUGGCGAAAUCGACCACAACGAGGGGGCUGGAACCCAGGCGGAGGAGAACCUGCCUGCACCCACCCCUGGACAGCCUCGCAAAUCCCACCGGAAGGACUCUCGUCACCACCCUUACGCACGCACAACGUCCGGCAGCCUGGUUGUCGACAAGGAGGCGAGUAAGAACGGAGAACAUACCAGCCACAGACACCAUCGCCUCAGCAACGACAGCAGUGAGAGUGAAGAGGAAAUUCAACUCCGUAUGUUGGCCAAGCGUUCCUCGAAAUCCCCAGUCGCAUCUCCCAGCCAGCGGUCUGUUAGCUACUCCGCCACGGUAACUGCCAGCUACACUUUGAAUGAUGAUAACCGGGAGAACUGGGGGGAUGCGGCUGCUUAUGCGGCACCGAAGACUCCUAUGGGCAACAAAAGUGGCAAUGGAGCGAUCGCGGUAACCAAGGUUCGGACGAGUCCAAGGCGCGUCACGGAUAGCCGGAGCGAGACCAGGGGUGUUCGCAAGGCUAGUGGCCGCGUUGGUAGCGCUGGAAGUCCUACGCGGGUGAAAUAAACACCUCACCGGUGCAGGUUCACUUCUUUUCUUCUCUUCCGCUCUCUUGAGCUUUAUCAGAUAUCCAUUUGCCACAUCCCUUUUUUCUGCCCCUUGUUGCUGCCGGGGUAUAAUAUGUGCAUAGUCCUGGGCAUUUCUUUCUCGUGUUCUUUUUGGCAAUUGUCCGGUGUCUUUACUGGUGUUGGGUUCUGGUGCAAAAUCCAUGGGGUUGGGUCUGCGUAACGGCGUUUGGUUGCAGUGUUGAUGGUCAAAUGAUCAAGAAGUUGGUCUGGAAUACAUCCCAUUAUGUUCAUAAGAGUGUUGCGUGGCUGUUGUCGAUCAACGCGUUUCUCUGUACGUAUAUGAUCUACGUCGAUAUGACCAAUUGGUUUAUGAGUUUUG